AUGGACACUCGACCAUCGCCAAUGCGAGAGGUAGACAAUAUCCAUCUACCUCUGCAUCUUCGCCUGGACCCCGAGAAGUCGGUAUCCUCACCCCAACACGAUGGCAGUAACUAUCGCAAGAAAUUCCCAGAGAGCCUUCAUUUUCCAUCUGGCAACUUUCGCAUGAGAUCGCGCACAGCCUCCACGAGAAGCAGCAUUUCGUCAGCACAUAUUCCUGAUUCAGCAACUGCGUACUCACCAUCAACGCUUGCAAGCCCCCUGAGCUCUAGUUAUGCGAGCGAUAUUCAAGAACGAUUUGCUUGUCACACUCUCGACGGAUCAAGGCCACCGAGCAGGAUACGCCAUCGUCACCGUCCGUCAAUCGCGACUUGCUCCACCUUUAUCAAUGAUGACGAUGAAAGCCCCGUCUACGUUGGCUAUCAUGACGUGACUCAAAAGACGAAACAGGCCGAUAACGACUACGCCGGCACUGCGGAGACUCAUGAAGUGGAACUAGACGAGCCAGGGACGGACGCAACCCCGACCAAAGAGGAAGACGAUGCCCUCACUCCAGGCGAAAGCAGUGACUGGGAACAGAAUCAGACACCUUGCGCAUCUCCAACCCAGAAGUCGGAAAUCUCGUUUACUACCUUUGGCGACACCGUCUCUUCAGACGAUGCUGACGGAGUCCUGGACUACACUCUUCAACUGGUCUACGGACUCGAGCUGAGUGAAGUGCCAGCGCCAUCAGGAGAACUGCACCACGUCGUUUCUAAAUUCGUUCGGGAGCUCGGCCGGCAUGUUUGGCAAGCUCCGUUGGACGGACAAUCCUCCCAAACCACCUCUGGCUCAAGCUCUUCCACAACCCCUUCCACAGGAGCUGGUGGAGACAAUCCACAAGGCUUCGGCAAGCGAAAGAAGCAGAAUAACGGAGAGGAUGGUGGAGAAGACAUUAGCGAUGACGAGGGGUCUGGUUAUAUCCGCACCAAAAGAAUCAAGCCGAGCCCAAAGGAAGACGAGAACCUGCGUCUCAGCUGUCCGUAUAGAAAACGAAACCCGCAUCGUUUCAAUGUCCGCGACCAUCAUAGCUGCGCAAUGACCUAUUUCCCCAAGUUUGCUGAAUUGAGGCAACAUAUUGUCAAGCAGCACAAACGAGAUGAUCCGUCUGCAUUUGUAUGCGAUCGCUGUACUCGGGAUUUUCGUACUAGAAAGGAGUUGAGAGAGCAUCAGCGACAGCCGAAAGAGCACAUGUGCGACAUCUCUGACCAUGAUCCCGAGGCUGGAAUUGACGGUCCUACGUCGAACAAGCUGCUCAGCCGCAAGAGAGUAAGCGGCGGAUCUCCCGAGGUUCAAUGGAAGGAGAUAUGGAAUAUCCUCUUCCCAGAUGACGAUGACAACCUGGUCCGGUCUUAUCACUAUACUCCUGUAAUUGAACACUUUGAGCUGUCUGCGCACUAUCUCGAAGCCUUCAACUACCUGCAAUCAUCAUUACGAGACAAAAUCUCCAACCCUGCGACGCUGGAAACAUUAGCAACCAAGUUUCACCACUGCUUCAUUGAAACAGUCGAGAGAUGUGUCCUAACCUCCCAGAGCAUGCCUUACACAAACCGUAGCAAUAAGCGCAACGAACCUUCCCGGACACAGACCACACAAAGCUUGGUCGGCAGAAAACCACGGGAAAUAGCCUCAAGGCCUGACUCUGGUGUAGUCAUUGACGACACCUCCGAGGAGAGCGGUAGCGUAGUGGGAUCUUCAUCCCUUGGCCACAGAGACAGUGUCAGGACUGUCAGAAGCUACGCAGGUCGACAAGGAAGCAAUAUAGCUCCCAAAGGCAGUGCCGACAUAUUUCCAACUCCUGUCACCAUUGCUCCCGGUGUAAAUCAGAGCCCCGCUGCGCCAUUGCCAAGUUUUACAUUCGGGGCAAGCAUGAACAAUAUGGCACACGGGACGGCGGCUGCCUCUGUGGAAGAAUGGGCGAAUGGGCUGUCAUUCAACCAGAACGAUGGCACUUUUGGCAUGGGAGAUCCCUGGAUUGCAGACACAAACAUGACACCCCAGGCGGAGUUUGCAUUGGAUGAGUCGUUGUUAUAUCAAGCGAAUUUCUGUGCGAUGGACGGCACCUUUACGGAUCUUCAUGGAGCCAAAGCAGACGGGGCAGUGUAA